AUGGGACGACAGGAGACAGCAGUGGUUCCGCACAUCCGCCACUCGACUGUGGCGCUGGUCCUGGCCCUCCUGGCUGGCGCUCAGGCCGAGGUGGCCACCGUAGUCAGCAGCCCUCUCUCGAUCGCAGCCUUCAAUGUGCAGCGCUUCGGACUGACCAAGAUGGACAAACCGGAGGUCAUGGAGCUACUGACCCGGGUGAGUGCAUUACUCCUGAAAGGAGAUUGUCGACAUCUCGGAGACGGCCAUCCACAACCUGACGGAGCGCGUGGCCGAAACACCGGGCUGCCCUACCGGGUCAGCCUCUCGCCCAGGGUCGGCCGCAACUCGUACGAGCAGUACGGCUACGUCUAUAGGUCGGACCGAGUGCGAGUCGUGUCGGAACAGAUGUACCCCGACGCCACCGACGUGUUCGCCAGGGAGCCGUACAUCGUCACCUUCGACGUGGAUGACGUCAGGCACUUGUCGCGGCUCACUCUGGUCGGUAUCCACACUCAGCCGAGUAAGGCUCCCGAGGAGAUUGACGCUCUAUCGGACGUGCUCGACUACGUGGAGUCGCAGCUGGGGGCACAGAACGUGGUGCUGCUGGGUGACUUCAACGCCGGCUGCAGCUACGUCACGGGCGCCGAGUGGGCCGUGAACCGGCUGAAGGGCCGCGGGGACGUGACCUGGGCCAUCGCCGACUACACGGACACCACUGUGCACGCAACCAACUGCGCCUACGACCGGAUUGUGCUGAAGGGCACGGAGCUGAGCAGUGCCGUUGUGGAGGGCAGUUUCGGUCCGUUCCGCUUUGACGAGGAGUGGGGUAUCGCGGAGGAGCUGACCGAGGACACGUCCGAUCACUACCCCGUCCAUAUGAAGCUGAAGCCAAAGACGCUGUCAGCGGCGGAGCGCUACCUCUACCCUCUGGAGGUGUUUGCCGUCACGGACAAGCGCGGAGUGUCGUCCGGUGAGGUCGAGGUCCUGGCCACGUCGAGCGACACGGCCUCAUACAAUGUGCUGCCGCUGUACGACUCACAGGGCGCGCUGCAAAAGGUUUUGGCAGAGUACAAAUCGUACAAGCUGUCUGGUGAGGGAAUCCUGGACACACUCCUAGCGUUCCAGGAGAAAUUCCCCUCAAUCGUCACUGACUAUGACCUGGGUCUGCUCCGCUACAAGAUCGCCGCCGGCGGUUACUCGGACCCGACCGUGUACGAGGCUGCCUCCAGUCCGCGCUGGUUCUGCCGCAUCACCUGCUCCGUUGAGACGUCCGGCACCUGCAUGGUCGCAGUGGAGAAACGCACCCUGAUCGCCUAAACGAACGGUCCUGUGACGUCACUGGUGGAAGUGACGUCAUCGGAAAACUAUCCCACCGACGAACGAUGUGACGAAGCGAUGUUG